UCCACCACUUCAUUCAUUGUGGACUCCCAUAUCAAGAUCGCAGGCGCAAUCUUAUUUCUGUCAGAUCCAUCCAACUGUCUUCUUCCUUUUUUGUUCAACCAAUUCAACAAAAACUGAAUUUGUUCUUCUCGUCUUCAAUUCGUUGCAUCGUUCAAUGCGCCCACUAUUAAUGUUGUGUUCUGAUCAUCUCCCAAUUUCGAAGCACUUCUCUUAUCUCCAUGCACAUAGCUCCAAUCGUCUUAUUUCUCACUCAAUCCACAUUAGGGUUUUAUCGCAAGGGGUGUGGAGAAAUUCUCUAUAACAGGCUUCCAGAGAAACUCCCAAAAAAACUGUAUGAAUUGGGCAUCAUACAAGUUCACAGCAUUUCGGAGCUCUUCCUAACGAAAAUGUCAUUAGAAAGAAAAUAUGAGUAUUUCUUUGCCGUGAUGGUGGGAAUGGCCAUGCUCGUGGCUGCUGGAACUAGCGUUGCCGCUGAGGGAAACACAGACAGAUCGAUAUCUCUGGACCCUUUGACACAGGCUACUGGUGAGACGGCAAGGACAAUUGAAACGAAAUCUGGGUCCCAUGAAAGUGUUCCAGUUCGUUUUACUCGCACGGCGGUAUAUGAAAAGGCAGAAAAGAAGGACGAAAUCAUCUUCGUCUUACUUCUGAUCAUUCUCCAUUUUCUAAUCGUUCUCUUAUCAAUCGUGUUUCGCUAUUAGCUUAGCGUUUUAUUUAGCAGCACUUUGAGAAUCAAAUCUCGAGAUAUUUUUCUAUUUGAUAAAUAUCCCGGGAAAGAUUUUUCCCGCUAUUUUGGAGCAGCCGAUAUGUCCGACUCCUGUACAUUUUGCAACAAUCCAUUUCCUUCACAACUUUCUGCAGAAUAGCUAAGUUUGCUACAGAUUCUAGUUUUCUUAUUUUCUCUGAACAAAAUUUUAUCAUGAUUGAAGUUAUCAAGGGGUAAUCUAAAAAGUGCGAUUUAAUA